UAUGGUUUGGAUUCUCUCACACUGGACCACAUUGCUGUUUGGUGUUUUCAGAAAGAGUCCUCUACUUCCCCCUUUCACUUCAUUAUCUCAAUCAGGUUUAUGCAGAGAAGAAGCUUACUGAGCUCACUGCUGGUGCUGGUGUAGGCAAGUGCUGCUUUGGCAAUCUGGGCUGACCUGGCUUGUCUACUAAGAACUCCUUCUCUAACCCUGGAGCAGGCUUCCAUGCUGCUGUGGGCGUCCUUGCUGCUCUUUGCUCCAGUCUGUGGACAAUCUGCAGCUGCACACAAACCUGUGAUUUCCGUCCAUCCUCCAUGGACCACAUUCUUCAAAGGAGAGAGAGUGACUCUGACUUGCAAUGGAUUUCAAUUCUAUGCAACAGAGAAAACAACAUGGUAUCAGCACUAUUGGAGAGAAAAGGUGACCGUAACCCCAGGAAACACCCUCGAGGUUCGGGAAUCUGGACUGUACAGAUGCCAGGCCCAGGGCUCCCCGCAAAGUAACCCUGUGCGCUUGCUCUUUUCUUCAGACUCCUUAAUCCUGCAGGUCCCAUAUCCUGUGUUUGAAGGUGACACGUUAGUUCUGAGAUGCCACAGAAGGAGGAAAGAGAAAUUGACUGCUGUGAAAUAUACUUGGAAUGGAAAAAUUCUUUCCAAUUUUAAUAAAAGCUGGGAUCUUUUUAUCCCACAUGCAAGUUCAAAUAACAAUGGCAAUUAUCAAUGCUUUGGAUAUGGAGACAACAAUGAUGUAUUUAGAUCAAAUUUCAAAAUGAUUAAAAUUCAAGAACUAUUUCCACAUCCACAGCUGAAAGCUACAGACUCUCAGCCUACAGAGGGGAAUUCUGUAAACCUGAGCUGUGAAACACAGCUUCCUCCAGAGCGGUCGGAUACCCUACUUCACUUCAUCUUCUUCAGAGAUGAGGGGGUCAUCCUGUCAGACUGGAGCCCGUCCCAGGAACUCCAGCUCCCAGCCAUCUGGAGAGAAAACUCAGGAUCCUAUUGGUGUGGUGCUGAAACAGUGGUGGGGAACAUCCACAAGCGCAGUCUCUCACUACAGAUCCACGUGCAGCGGAUCCCUGUGUCUGGAGUGCUCCUGGAGACACAGCCCACAGGGGGCCAGGCGGUUGAAGGCGAGACGCUGGUCCUUGUCUGCUCCGUGGCUGAAGGCACAGGGUACACCACGUUCUCCUGGCACCGAGAGGACACGCAGGAGAGUCUGGGGAGGAAAACUCAGCGUUCCCCAAGAGCAGAGCUGGAGCUCCCUGCCAUCAGAGAGAGCCAUGCAGGGGGAUACUACUGUACAGCGGACAACAGCUACGGCCCCGUCCAGAGCGCGCUGCUGAAUAUCACUGUGAGAGAGAUCUCAGGCAACAGAGAUGGCCUUGUCGCCGCGGGAGCCACUGGGGGGCUGCUCAUUGCUCUUCUCCUGGCCUUGGCCCUGCUGUUUCACUGCUGGCGCCGGAGGAAGUCAGGAGUUGAUUUCUUGGGAGACGAAACCAGGCUCCCUCCUGCUCCAGGCCCAGGAGAGUCCUCCCAUUCCAUUUACCCUGCCCAGGUGGAGCUUCAGUCGCUAUGUGUUGAUGUACACCCCAAAGAGGGAGAUUUGAUGUACUCUGAGAUCCAGAUUAUUCGGCUGGGAGAAGAAGGGGAAGCUAAUACCUCCAGGACACUUCUAGAGGAUAAGGAUGUCUCAGUUGUCUACUCUGAGGUGAAGACACAACACCCAGAUAACUCAGCUGGAAAGAUCAGCUCUAAGGACGAAGAAAGUCACGAGAAUGAAAAGUUACAAGAAUGAAAAGUUACGAGAAUAAAAAGUUACGAGAAUGUCCUACUCAUGUGAUUUGUCCCUUAUCCAAAGUCCCAGGCCCAGUGCAGUCCUUGUGGCCCCUGGAAUGAUCAACUCAUUCCAGCUUUCCAGUUCUCCUCAUGCAUAUGCAUUCACUCCCAGGAAUACUCAUUCAUCUGCUCUGAUGUUGGGAUGGAAUGGCGUGAAAGACUUCACUAAGAUAACCAGGAUCCACAGUUAAGACAAGACCCUGGAUUAUUUGCUGUGGGCCUGGCCUAACACAUUCCCUAGGGUCUGCAUUAGCGAAGGGGGAUAAAGAGAGAGAAUGACUGUUUUUGAAAAACAGAAGCACAAAUUUUGGUGAAUUGGGAUUUGCACAGAGAUGAAAAAGACUGGGUGACCUGGA